AUGUCCUCAGGAUAUGUGACAAAGUUGCAAUUGUUACUCGUUUUAGAAAAGCACACUCAUACUGAUUUGAGUAAAGCGAAGAGUGGCAGAGACGACACUAAUCCGUCUAAUUUUCUCAUUUUUUUCAGCAGUGCACAGGCUUGGAUCUUAGUAUCCGUGAUACCGUUGCCUUUUGGCGGACAAAACGAUUCGAUUAAUAUGUUCAAACUAGUCGCUCUACUUUGCCUUGCAGCUUCACUCGAAGCUGCUACAUUUGACUACAACUUCGCUCGGAACAAAAUGUUCCCUCUGGCUGCCGCUGCCUACUCGGAUGCCCCAUUUGAAUGCGCAUUGAAUGUCUUCGACGAAUUGAUAUCGAUGGAGGGGCUGAACGAGAUAGAGUAUGUUCUCAAUUGUUAUUAUAGGGGCACAGAUAGUUCCAGUCAGCUGUGGCAAGAACUGGUCAACAAGGGAUAUAUGAAUGCGUGGCCCUUCGGAAAGGAAAUAGUGUCUUCAUACUUUUUCUUUGCUUUCAUGAGUCUAUGGAAUGGCCAUUUGGAUCACCACUUCGAAAUCAUGCACAAAAAAUACCCUGACUAUGAAAUAUGGGAGACCGGCCGUUCGCUUGGAGGUGCCAUGGCGUCUUUGGCAGCACACUGGAUCAAGAACGCGCACCAAAUCCCAGGAAACAAGAUAAAGUUGGUGACAUUCGGACAGCCUAGAACGGGCGAUGAUGAGUACAGCAAACAGUUUAAUGCAGAUGUAGGUUAUUACAAUAUCAUAUUUACAUCAGUUGCUCUUAACUAA